UUUCUGUGGUCGGCGCGGCGAUGAGUUCGCGGCAGACCUAAAGCUACGUCGCCCAACCGCCCUAGGGCUGCACGGCGCUGCAAAUCACCCACUGUGUCCGCUCCCGCUGGGGGAUAGGCUGCGCUCGCUACGCUUCCCUCAAACUUAAACAAAUGCAAACAGCUGACUGCGAAAUUGGAAGAAGUUUCGUUAGUUUGUUUGUUUAUCCCUCCCGCUUUCUGUGCGAUUUUCGGAUUUCUCCGUUUCGCGAACGUUCGGAUGCCACGAUGAGCCAGCGCUGGAUCGGAGCGACAUGGAGAACGGUGGCGGGCUGCGCUUGUGGAAUACUGAUUAAAAACAGCAUUGUAUUGCCUGCGUCUCGGAGUUUCACUGUGUCCGCUUACAGCCUCUUCUUCAGCAAAGACACCCUGGGACUUCGUAGUUACGAGUCCGUGCGGAAGAGGACCACCACCCAACUGGACGUGUUCCAAGGCCGUUUCCGUCUGCGAAUGGAGGAGUGUCUGAGCGGCGCCUCGCUCCUAUUCACGGAGGACGAUCUGAUCAAUAUGUGCUAUCUGGCGAAAGACGAUAAGGAUCUGCAGCUGCUCAACAGAAUGCUGAAGCGGUAUGUGCAACACAGUUCGGAGACGCGCUUUGGCGGCUUCCGUUUCGGACCGAUUCUCAUGCGGCUGCAUCACCAUCUCAAUAAACCGGAUGAAGCGCUCGCCUCCAUUCAAGAUCCCGAUCUGGCGCAGGUGUACGACCAACUGACAUCGUACUGGGUGGCGAUGGAUCUCUUGUACGAAAACCAGCGCUACGACGACGUACUGGAGCUGUACAGCGCCAUGUCGCAGCGUCCGUUUAUCGCAGAUCGAUCAGGAACAUUGCAUUUGACUUUGGCUUAUGCGGCAUGCUGUAAACUGGGUACCUUCAAAGCAUACACAACGGCCAGGGGGUUGGUGAAAAAUGCAAUGCCGAUGCAGCUUCCGGUUAAGCGAAAAGUGGUGACGGUUGCGGCUGCGUUAGCUGUGAAACACAAUGAUCCGAUUGAUGCGCUGGAGAUGCUAAGCUGUCUGCCGCCUGCGAAUCAGUACCACAUCACCGUCCGCAACUUGCGAAUCCUGGCGCUGACCAGAUUGCAUCGUUGGGAGCAUGUGCUCUCUCUCCUGCGCUGGAAUACUGCCCAGGAUAUCGGAGCCAAAGGGCUUCGUUUUUUCCCAGAUGUGAUUGCUGAAGUGAAGAAAGCCGUGGAAACCAAAGAGGACAAGGAGCUGCGCCAGGCAUUCGAUAAAGCCUUUGAAGCUCUGGAACGCGGUCAUGCUAUCACAGCCGACACCCUGAAGGAGAGACUGAAAGGAUUAAAUUUCGAUGACCAUAUGGGGCCGGCCUGCGACGAUCAGUAUAACUCGCGCGUGGAACCGGAAGACGGUCCCAUGCCCCUCCAGCAGCAGUGCCAUCGCGAUGAAGUGGAGAAAAGCAACGGCAACACGAUGCUGCGCCGGGUAUUCGACAAGCUCUUCAAUGAACCGGAGCAGAGCGAUGUCUUUGACGCCAAGGCCUUGAACGACUGCUGGGAUCGGCUCAUCGCAGACAGCAGUACAACGCCGGACUUUCCGGGGCAGGGCGUCCGUGAUCGUCAGGUCGCUGGCACCUUCCAGCAGCAGCGCCACCGCGACGAUGAAGGGCCGACAGUCGGUGGUGGACGUCAUUACCCGAGCAGCGGACGCGUGGGUGGAUCUGCCGGCAGCCGCACAGCGGGAGGCGAUGAUGGAGUGCAGCUGGUUAAACGUGACCGGGUGCUGUUACCGGAACAAGGUAUGCAGCGGGCGCGCGGAGGCCCGGACAGCGGGAAGGACAAGGUGCGAAAGAAGCACGGGGAACGCGCGACGGAGACCUCCAACCCCAAUUGGGACGCGGGAUACCGGCCGCGUGGGUAGCUGUGGACGCCCGGCGGCGGUGGGGGAAUCGGGCAGCGGAAGGGACGGAGCGAUUUGCCCGGGUGACGUGUUGGGCAAGGCGUUACGCUGGUUGGGUUGUUGGUUAUUCGUUGAUCGUUGUGUGGUUGUUGGUUGGGUCGACUGGUAAUAUUAACAGACCUCUUUUUCUGCUAAUUUUUCUCUGUUAAAUAUUGUUCUCAUAACCCGAAUAUAAAUGCGGCUCAGAUUAAGCUGAACACAUUCUCCGCCCGAUUUUAUUUUGCUUACCCUUUACGUUCUCGCGCAUUGACGACCGGUCGUGUUGUCAUACCUCAUGGCGUUGUUUUUAUUCUUGUUUUUAUUUACUUUGAUCUCUGUUCGGUAA